CUACAACUCAACUCCAAACGCCGACCGCUGUAAACCCCAUUUUCUUCUGGGAAUGCCCAACGGCACUCCCCACAAUACCUUAUGUACCCGUUAUAUCCUUGCCGCCAAAAAAGCGGGGAAAUCAUUCCCCUGAAAGCACCUGCGACCAUAGUCGAAAAGCGCAACGGCACUGCGAAAUUGGGUGGAGCCUAUGUCGUUCACCCUCGCCGGCAAGUUUUCCCUCAUAUCGGUGGGUUUGCGUGGGUAGGAAAAUGGCGUAUCCUUGCGCAUGCCCGGUGACGCACUUGACCCCGGGCUCGCCAGGACAAGAGGACUUGUGUCCCACUCGGCAAAAGGGGCCACUUUUACUUCGUUUGCUGCUGCAGAAUAUCCCGGUUCGUUUCGUUCGGUGUGUCGGUGAGUCCGGUUUUUACGGUAGUGAGAGUUAGUGCUCCAGACUACAGACUGCCUGUACAGCAAGUCCAGUACAGCAGCCCCAGGCACAGGAUACUUACAGGGGAUAUAGAGGGCUUUUUUUAGCUGGUGUUCCUGGCAAGCGUCUUUGCAGCGGGUGGAUUGUGUGCGAAAAAAAAUCCAGGAAGUGCAUUAGGUGGUGGCAAAAGAGCAGCGUUAUUGCUGGUCCGUUGUUUGGCUCACGGUAUAAGCUUGGUGACACUUUUUUCAAGAGUCCAGGCAACAGUGGCAACGGGAAGAAGACGAGGUGUUGCAGACGUUACGUCUUAGUGUAGUUCCAUUUUUUUUCUAUAUCGGCGAUUCCCGGGUAUUCCGUGCGUUAACGGUCGCGCGAAAGUCGACACGCGCGGUGGUGUGUGAAAAAGUGUCCAAUACUCACUCUCCGGGGUGUACGUGGUUGGUGGAUUUCGAGAAGCUUCGUCGCAUUAGAAAGGAUUACAUCGAAAAGUUCGCUGCUUCUGUAGAGUAGUGUUGCUUACACGCACGGGAGGCCAGUGUCCCACAACCCGUACAAUUCAUCGGAUAUGCCGAUGCCCUCGGCGAAGGAGCAAACGCUGAUGUGGCAACAGAACUCGUACUUGGGUGAUUCCGGCAUCCACUCGGGUGCGGUCACACAGGUGCCAUCGCUCAGUGGCAAGGAUGACGACAUGGAGGACGAUCCGCUGAUGUUCGACAUGGAUCAGGGCUUCUCGCAGAACUUCACCCAGGACCAGGUGGACGACAUGAACCAGCAGCUGAGCCAGACCCGCUCGCAGCGUGUGCGAGCGGCCAUGUUCCCGGAAACCCUGGAGGAGGGUAUCGAGAUCCCAUCGACACAGUUCGAUCCACAGCAACCGACGGCAGUGCAGCGACUGUCCGAACCAUCGCAGAUGCUCAAGCAUGCCGUGGUCAACUUGAUUAACUACCAGGACGAUGCCGAUCUGGCAACCCGUGCUAUUCCGGAGUUGAUCAAACUGCUGAACGACGAAGAUCAGGUUGUGGUUUCCCAGGCUGCCAUGAUGGUACACCAGUUGUCGAAGAAGGAAGCUUCACGCCACGCGAUCAUGAACAGCCCGCAAAUGGUCGCCGCUUUGGUGCGUGCUUUGUCACAGAGUAACGAUCUGGAAACCACUAAGGGAGCCGUAGGAACGCUGCACAAUUUGUCACACCAUCGCCAAGGUUUGCUGGCAAUAUUCAAAUCCGGAGGAAUCCCAGCGCUCGUAAAGCUGCUUUCGUCGCCGGUUGAAUCUGUGCUGUUCUACGCGAUCACAACGCUUCACAAUCUGCUGCUCCAUCAGGAUGGCAGCAAAAUGGCAGUCCGUUUGGCUGGUGGCCUGCAGAAGAUGGUAGCUUUGUUGCAGCGCAACAACGUCAAAUUCCUGGCCAUUGUUACAGACUGUCUGCAGAUUCUUGCCUACGGAAACCAAGAGAGUAAACUUAUUAUCCUUGCUUCCACCGGCCCAAGUGAGCUGGUUCGCAUCAUGCGCUCAUAUGACUAUGAGAAGCUGCUCUGGACUACCUCACGGGUGCUGAAGGUUCUGUCAGUUUGUUCGAGCAACAAGCCGGCCAUCGUUGAAGCCGGUGGCAUGCAAGCCUUGGCCAUGCAUUUAGGAAACCCAUCACAGCGUCUCGUUCAGAACUGCCUGUGGACGCUGCGCAAUCUUUCGGAUGCCGCUACAAAGGUUGACGGAUUGGAAACGCUCCUCUCCGGUCUGGUAACAGUUCUCGGCUCGUCCGAUGUGAACGUUGUAACCUGCGCAGCCGGUAUCCUGUCCAAUCUGACGUGCAACAACCAACGCAAUAAGGUCACGGUAUGUCAGGUCGGAGGCGUUGAGGCUCUCGUCGGUACCAUCAUCAACGCUGGCGAUCGCGAGGAAAUCACCGAGCCGGCCGUGUGCGCCCUGCGUCACCUGACUUCGCGCCAUCCAGAGUCCGAGUCGGCGCAGAACAUCGUCCGCAAUGGAUACGGACUGCCGGUGAUUGUGAAGCUACUUAAUCCACCGUCCCGUUGGCCACUGAUCAAGGCCGUCAUCGGACUGAUCCGUAAUUUGGCUCUUUGCCCAUCCAAUGCGGCACCGUUGCGCGAGCACGGAGCGAUCCAUCUGCUGGUGCGAUUGCUGUUCAAGGCGUUCCAGGAUACGCAGAGGCAACGUUCAUCGGUGGCCACCAACGGGUCGCAGCCUCCGGGCGCCUACGCCGAUGGCGUCCGCAUGGAGGAGAUUGUCGAGGGCACGGUCGGUGCGUUGCACAUCCUCUCGAAGGAGGAACUCAACCGGCAGCUCAUCCGCCAGCAGAACGUGAUUUCGAUCUUCGUACAGCUGCUCUUCUACAACGACAUCGAAAACAUUCAGCGCGUCGCUGCCGGUGUCCUGUGCGAGCUGGCCGUCGACAAGGAGGUGGCCGAGAUGAUCGAAGCCGAGGGUGCCACCGCACCGCUGACUGAACUGCUCAAUUCCGCCAACGAGGGUGUCGCCACCUAUGCGGCCGCCGUCCUGUUCAAGAUGAGCGAGGACAAAUCGAUGGACUACAAGAAGCGCUUCUCCAGCGAACUGACCACCCUGCCGGUGUUCCGCGACGACACGAUGUGGAACAACGGCGAGCUCGGGAUAGGGCCGGACUUGCAGGACAUCCUCUCGCCCGAUCAAGCAUAUGAGGGCCUUUACGGACAAGGUCCCCCCAGUGUGCACAGCUCACACGGUGGCCGAGCAUUCCAGCAAGGAUAUGACACACUGCCGAUAGACUCGAUGCAGGGUCUGGAGAUCGGUGGCGGCGGUAACGCCGGUCCCGCUGGCAACAAUCCGAAUGCGGGCAACAAUCCGGGUGCCGGAGGGCCCCCGUCCGGCCAGCCAACGUCGCCGUACGCGAUGGACAUGGACGUUGGCGAGAUGGACGCCAGCGAGCUGACGUUCGACCAUCUGGAUGUGAUGCCAUCGCCACCGCAGGACAACAACCAGGUGGCCGCCUGGUACGAUACCGAUUUGUAAGAGAAACGGUUUGCGAUCUUGAUUUUUACACACUUUUUUCCUGCGUAGCGUAUUAUUUUUGUCUCUUAUCACACACACACAUACAUUUUAUUCGUAACACGAUGUGCUUCCAACACAUAUUGAGAGGAUUUUCUCAACGCGAGAGAGUGCAGCUUCUAACACAUCAUACGGUUGAUUUUCGACUAUCUCUUACGUUUAUUGUGAUACAAAAUAUUAGAUUCUCUCCUCCUUUAUUCUACAGCAGCUUGUAUCGUAUCAAUGUAUGUUGGAAGCUUGCUCUUAAAUCUACUUUUAAACUUAAUAUAUCUUAUGUAUUUUUACAUAAUAAAGCUAUCGAAAUCAAACUAAUGCAUCUAAAAUUAUUUAGGAAGAUAAUGUUCGAUUUAGAACUAUUUCAGAAUUUUUAUUAUAUUCAUAUAUUUAUACACGAAACAAUGACAGCAGCUUCUUAUAAUUUUUCAAACUUUGAUGUUUACUACUGCAUUACAUUAAAUGGUACAUUGGGUCAUCCAACGUACCAACGGAGCAGCAACUAUUAGCUAAAUUUGAGCAUUUCGAUUGGCGAGAACAAACGCAAUGUGACAAACUUCGACGCGUUUGUAAUUCAGUAUUGGCGGUAUAGAAGAGAGAAACCUGAUUCAAAAAUUAAUGAAAUCUACAGAAUUCAGAAAAAAUAGUAUAAAUGUUAUCAAGCAGCUAAGGGAAAACUCUGAUCAAUUUGUAACACAAACAAAUCGAACAACGUCGCGAUCUGUGCGAUUGUUUCGACAUAUGUAACACGGAAACUGGAGCGUAGUUGACAAGUUCAUUAAACACACACACACCCAAUGCAGUCCCAUAACGAGUUGAAGAAUCUUCAACGCUGAUUGAGGAAAUAACGAAACAACCCGACCUUGUUUGUGCUCUACAUAUAAUCAUUUUAAUUUUAACUCUCACGAUAGCAACUGUUUCGCAAAAUAAAGAGAAAAACAUCUGUUCUUAUACCCGACAUAAACGCGAUCCUCUAGACUCGAGAAACGAGAAAGCUCUGUAGUAAUGCAUCACGCAAACUGGUGAACUAUUACGAUUUUUUGAAAAUUGAUUCUAUAUUGAAAUUAUUAUACAUUAUGAUGAUGACGAUGAAAUGAAAUGAAACGAACCUUCCUUUCAGUAUAUAAGAGAACGUGAGGAGAAAAAUAUAUUAAAUGCUAUACAACAA